AUGAUCCACCUCAAUUUGAACGAAUUGAUUGAUCGAGUUUUUGGCCAUCAACCAUUUCAAGCUGAAAACAUUCCGAUCAACACAGCAAUUCCGACUCCGUUCAAUGCAGAUUGUCACCGCAUCAACGCAUCGAUUUUGGAAAGAAUCGAAGGUGCGGUACGAACGUAUCAAAGUGUUGACACUGUCAUCACUGACUAUGAAGCGGAGGCUGCAAAUUAUCCUGAAGAAUUUUUUAAUUCUCUCACGCCUCCAUCGUUUCCACAGCACGAACUCACACUCAAAGUGGGAACAAUCGUCAUGCUGUUGCGAAAUCUCAACGUCAAAGUCAAUCUUUGCAAUGGCACACGUCUCAUAGUUCGAGAUUUGGGCCAAUAUCACAUCGAAGCCGAAAUCAUCAAUUUCGAUGCUCGAUUGUCGGAUAAGAGGAUGUUACUGCCACAAAUUGAUUUUGUUUCAGGCAAUAGUCCUCUUCCUUUCGUCAUGCGAAGAAGGCAGUUUCCACUUCGACUGUCCUACUGUAUGACAAUCAACAAAUCACAAGGUUCAUAA